ACAGGCGAACAAUAAACACACGAAGAAGAGAGACCUGUGUUGGAAAUGAGCUAACACUGACGUGUCCAACAGAUUUCUUGUUUAAAGUGAUAUUUUCAGGACAGCUAUGGACAUCGCGCUGUAUCUGAUCGCUGCUGCGGUUCUCAUCGUCCUCAUCUUGUUCGCUGUGAAGAUCCGGAGCAGAACACAGGAAGCUGAUGAGGAGCAACAGAGGGAUGUUAUCCGGGCAGCAGGGCCUCCUCAGCGGGCAGCGGAGGAGCGAGGAGCCGGGAUGCCGCGCAGGAGGAGAAACCUCGCUGCAGUCAUGGCGAACAGACGACCGCAGAGAGACGCUGUAGAGCAGGAGGAGGAGCGUGAGGAGGAGGAGGAGGAGGAGGAGGAGGGGGAAGAGAUGGAGCAGCUGAAGAAAGUGGGCGCUAAGAAGCAGAAGAAGCUGGAGGAGAAACAGGCCAAGAAAGCCCAGAGAGAGGCGGAGAUGGAGGAGAGGGAGGAGAGGAAGAGGAUGCAGGAGCUCAGAGAGCAGGAGAGGCAGCAGGAGGAUGAGAGAGAACGACUGAUGGAGCGGAAACAGGAGGAGGAAGAGCGUCGUGCUGCAGAGGAGCAGGAGAGACGCGAGGAGGAGGAGUACUUAAAACUGAAAGCCUCCUUCGUCGUAGAGGAGCAGGGAGAGGAGGAGCAGCUCACCGAGGACCAGUCACGUAACCUGCUGCAGGAGUUCAUCCAGCACAUCGAGAGCUCUAAGGUGGUUCUCCUCGAGGAUUUGGCGUCUCACUUCGGGAUGAGGACUCAGGACGCCAUCAACAGACUGCAGGACCUGUUGGCUGAAGGAUCCCUCACAGGAGUGAUUGACGACAGAGGGAAGUUUAUCUCCAUCACCCCGGAGGAGCUGGACUCUGUGGCUCGUUUCAUCAGACAGAGAGGACGCGUGUCCAUCACGGAGCUCGCUCAGGCCAGCAACUCUCUGAUCAACCUGCAGCCCGAGAGCCGCAGCAGCGCCUAGACACGACAACCCGAUGGGACUGUUCACCUCUGCUGCACAUCUGGACGACUCCAACCUGUGUGAAGAUUUAAACUGGACUCUCUGUCUGCUGUUAGCUGGUGUUUGCUAUCAGCAGAGGACAUAAAGGCGCUGUGCUAUUUAUUCAGACUCCAUUCUUGAUUGAUCUGCAGCACCUUAAUGAAAACACCAAACCCAUCAACACGACUAGCAGCAGCUCCGCUCUCCUGUGGGGAGGAAAUAAAUGAACUUCUGCGAAAUGA